AUGUCUUAUCCCUGAAUUACUUCGCAAGAAUUUAUUUUUAUUGUAAAACAUCUUAACGCAUCUUCGAUUCUUAGACAGGAGACGAGUACACGUAUACGUAGACGAGAUUAAUUUCCCCGAGAAGAGGUAGUCUGCAUGUAGUUGCUUUUUACUUUCGGAACUUACCAUGCCAUGAUAUUACCUCUCUUUGCUAAAUUUCCCUUUCUUCCCUUACUUCUUCUAGCAUUCUAUAGUACAACGCGAAGGUAGGAGAUAACUAUUCGACGCUCCUUAAAAAGUAAUCUACGAAGCCAAGAACGCCACGAUAUACGACGUUCUUUUCGACGAAUCUGCCUUACAUUCACACAGACAUCAAUAUUUACUUACUGUAAUAAGUCAGCUGGCUGGCUGUCAGGGCCGUUCGUUGGAGAUCGACGCGCGGGGGUACCCGGCUAACCGAGACGAGAACGAGCAAAUACACGAGCGCAGUCUGUUCGCCAGUUCAUUUGAUCAACACUUUUGGAGCGACCUACCUAAGUACCGCCCCCAAACUUAUACAUACACCAAAGCUUCUUCUAUCGCUAUCACCACCAUCGACUGAACGGCACGGAACGAACGGGAAGCUUCCCCCCAGCGGGCAUCAUGUCGCGCGGUAGUAGUCGUAGUAGAUCCGACGAGGCGAACGUUACGCCGACAACGUUAACGAACUACGAAGCCGACGAUAACGACGCUAUUAAGAAGGCGCGCGACGAAUACGCUCUCAACCCGAUCGGCUCGGGGUCUUCGGGCAGCAAACAUUCGCACAGAAGCAAAAAAUCUGGUCACUUGCGCCUAGCUUCUACAUCGACCGACGGCGACGGCGACGACCUGGCUGCUGCUGUCACUAUGGGCCGGUCCCAAGAGCAGCUAGAUAAUACUUCGAUUGAAAACGGCGACCGUAGUAGCAUAACGUAUAAGGUGUACAAGAGGCGGUGGUUUGGUCUCGUGCAGUUAACGCUGCUGAAUAUUAUCGUUAGUUGGGAUUGGCUUACCUUCUCGCCUGUCUCGCAAAAUGCGGCUGUAUACUAUAACACAACCGAGUCUGCGAUCAACUGGUACUCGACGGGCUUCUUGUUUUCUUUCGUCGCCAUCUUUCCCGUCACUAUCUACGCCCUACAUUGGGGCCCCAAGCCAUCUAUUGUCAUCUCCGCCGUAUUAAUUCUUGUCGGUAACUGGAUCCGCUACGCCGGCUCCCAUUCACGGGAUGGCGGCAUAUAUGGCGUCGUCAUGUUCGGACAGAUCCUGACGGGUUUGGCGCAACCGUUCGUGCUCGCCGCUCCUACGCGUUACUCCGAUAUGUGGUUUACCGAGCGAGGCCGUGUUACAGCAACCGCCCUAGCUAGUCUAGCGAAUCCCUUCGGGGCCGCUCUCGGCCAGCUUGUCGUGCCGUUUAUGGUCUCGGGACCGGCUGACGUCUCGAAUGCCGUGCUCUAUGUUGCUAUUAUUUCUUCGGUAGCUGCCUUACCAUCAUUCAUCAUCCCAGCAGCACCGCCGACACCUCCAGGCCCGUCGGGAAACACGCCAAAGGCAUCGCUGCGAUCUUCGUUGAAUCUCCUAAAGUCUCUCGAGAUCUGGCUAAUCUUAUUCCCGUAUUCCAUCUACGUCGGCUUCUUCAACAGUAUAUCCUCGCUGCUUAACCAGAUUAUGAUCCCCUACGGCUUUUCGUCCGACGAAGCUGGUAUUGCAGGCGCUUUGCUUAUCGUCGUUGGACUUGUCGCGGCUGCUAUCACAAGUCCAAUUCUCGAUCGCACAAAGGCAUUCUUACUGUUUAUUAAAAUCGCCGUGCCGGUUAUCGCUCUGUCGUAUCUCGUCUUUGUCUGGAUGCCCCAGACUCGCAACCUUGCAGGCCCCUACGUUAUUCUCAGUCUCCUAGGUGCGGCUUCAUUCGGUUUAGUCCCCGUUGCGCUCGAAUUCCUCUGCGAAUUAAGUCACCCUGUCAGCCCAGAAGUUACAUCCACCGUCGCCUGGGCUGGAGGCCAAUUGUUCGGCGGUGUUUUUAUAGUUAUCAGCGAUGCGCUGAAGGCCGGUCCUGAUGCGGACCCACCGUUUCAUAUGUACAACGCUCUUGUCUUCUCUGCGAUCGUGGCGCUUGUUGUCAUGCCGUUACCGAUGAUGUUAGGGUUAUUCGGACGCGGUGAUAAACUUGUUCUAAGGAGGGUGAGGAGUGAUGAUAGGAGUAAUAGGGGGGGAAAUGGUACGGUGGUGGCUGUGGCAUGACGGUAAUGUGAUGUGAUCGUGGUGGGAAAAGGUCAGGAAGGCGGGCUGUAUAUGAUGGAUGGAUGGAUAAUAUUUAUUAUGAACAUACCUAUAUACCUCUGUCAUAUACUCAUGCUUACAUACAUAUUUCAUACAUAGAACGCGAUGCGUCUAUACAUAGGGCGGGCGGAAUUUUGUCUAAUUUGGAUGGUUUAUGGGGACGAUAUCCAUGCGUUCACGUUAUCAUACACCCUUCUUGUAUCUAGGUAGUGCGAAUUCAAGUAUAAUUACGUCGUUAGAAAC